AUGUGUUGUAUUUCAGAGCUGCGCAAGGACAGCCUGCCGUCGGCUCUGUUAUCGCUGCUGUCGGCGCAGCGGGCGCAGUCGCAGUCGCUGGCGGCGCUCGUGCCGGCGUGCCUGCAGGUGGCGCCGCCCGCACUCCCCACGCUCCCCGCCCUCCCUCUCGACACGCUCCCCGACAAGCUCAAGACGCACCUGCUCCAGCAGGCCUUCCUGCAGAACAACAACACGGUGGUGGGCACGCAGGAGGAGCGCUCGUCGGAGCCGGAGUACGACGACACGGACGACAUCGUGCUGCCCGAGGACUCGUGCGCGGAGCGCAAGCGCGCCAGCAGCUCGGACGAGGCCAGCCGGCAGUUCGAGUGCCGGCACUGCGGCAAGCGCUACCGCUGGAAGUCCACGCUGCGCCGCCACGAGAACGUGGAGUGCGGCGGUAAGGCGCCCGCGCACCAGUGCCCCUACUGCUCGUACCGCGCAAAGCAGCGCGGCAACCUCGGCGUGCACAUCCGCAAGCACCACAACCAGGAGUGGUACGUCUACGCCAGCAACAAGGUCCGCCGCAACAAGAAGACCUCCAUA